AUGAGUGCCAUUGAAGAAAUUGACAUGGAUUACUUCAUUACAUUGAUUCAGGAAAGGGAAAUUAUAUGGGACAAGUCACACGUAGAUUUUAAAAAUAAAAAUUUAAAAACAAAAGCUUGGGAAAAAAUAUCAAAAGUUUUAUUUCCUGAUUACGAGAAUUUCACACCUGAACGAAAAAACAAAGUUGGUAAUGAUUUAGUGAAGAAAUGGAAAAGUAUCAGUAGUAGUAAGAUAAUUUUUUCAGAUACUUAA